UUGAGAUGCGGAAGUGAUUGUCAGAUGAUUUAGGUCAUGUGGUGUAGCUCGAUUAGACGAUUUCUAAACAGUGUGUAGUGUAAGGCAAGUAUAAUUCGUUUGAAUCUCUACGCGAACUCAUCAGUCUUGGAAACUCGUAUUCCAGCAUGCAGAACGUCAUAAACUCGGUGAAAGGAACUGCUUUGGGGGUGGCAGAGUUUUUAACGCCAGUUUUGAAGGAAUCUAAAUUUAAAGAAACUGGGGUUAUAACUCCAGAGGAGUUUGUUGCAGCAGGAGAUCAUCUGGUUCAUCACUGCCCCACAUGGAAAUGGGCAUCUGGAGAAGAAGCAAAGGUGAAGCCCUAUCUGCCCAAAGACAAACAGUUUCUAUUAACCCGAAAUGUUCCUUGUUACAAGCGCUGUAAACAGAUGGAGUACUCUGAUGAGCUGGAGGCCAUCAUAGAAGAGGACGAUGGAGACGGGGGAUGGGUGGAUACCUAUCACAACUCUGGUGUUACAGGGGUGACAGAAGCAGUUCGGGAAAUCUCAUUGGAUAAUAAGGACAAUAUGAAUAUGAACGUGCAGACGGGUGCCUGUGGAAAUGGUGAUGACGAUGAUGAUGAGGAAGGAGAGCCAGCAGACAUGGAAGAAUAUGAAGAAAGUGGACUUUUGGAGACAGAUGAUGCCACUCUUGACACAAGUAAAAUGGCUGAUUUAAGUAAAACCAAAGCAGAGGCUGGUGGGGAAGAUGCCAUUCUACAGACAAGAACUUACGAUCUUUACAUCACAUAUGACAAAUAUUACCAGACACCAAGACUAUGGCUUUUUGGAUAUGAUGAGGACAGACAGCCUCUAACGGUGGAUCAGAUGUAUGAAGACAUCAGCCAGGAUCACGUUAAAAAAACAGUCACCAUUGAGAAUCACCCUCACCUCCCCCCACCUGCUAUGUGCUCUGUGCAUCCAUGCAGACAUGCGGAGGUGAUGAAAAAGAUUAUCGAGACUGUGGCGGAAGGAGGAGGAGAACUUGGGGUCCAUAUGUAUCUUCUGAUUUUCCUAAAAUUUGUGCAAGCUGUCAUUCCUACAAUAGAAUAUGAUUACACAAGGCAUUUCACAAUGUAACUUGCUGUUCACCAUUACGCCUACAACUAUGACAACAUGUAUUGUGACUGCAUUGAGGAAGCAGCAACAGUAUAAAACUCAAUAGACACUGUCCUGGAAAGAUGCUGGGAAUGUUCUAUGAAAUGCCUGGGAAGGGGAUCUGUCAAGUCUGAUGGUUAGCCACACACAUUUAAAUCCAGUUUUCCCUACUAUUGUUCAGCUUAAUCUCUGUAUUAGCCACUUGCUCUUAAUGCUGUACUGAAACUAAAAAUGUUUUGUUUUAUAUUUACGUUUCCAAAAAAACUGUGCGACAUAUAACAAGCCAUUUUAAUGGCAAAUAAUAAAUGGCUGUCAAAAUA